AUGAACGGAACGGUCCUUGUAACCGGGGCCAACGGCUCCCUAGCCCUCGGCUUCACCAAGUCGUUCCUAUCACUCUACCCAAAUCAUACACUCAUAGCGACAGUCCGGAACCCAUCACCAGAAAAGGAUCCCAACACCGCCAAACUCGUCCAACUUAUUUCCAAGUACCCGAAGGCGAACGUCCUCAUCGAAGGCCUGGAUCUCAGCAACCUAGCAAACGUCCGUUCCUUCGCAGAGAAACUCUCAACUCGCAUCCGUGCUGGAGAGCUUCCCAGACUUACCGCGGUAAUAUGCAACGCUGCUUCAAUUUCCCUGGGCGGAGGCCAGAAGUUCACUUCCGAUGGCUUCGAGUCUACGUUUCAAAUCAGCCACCUAUCGCAUUACCUACUGGUCUUGAAGUUGCUUGACAGCAUGGAUGUUCGCUCAGGACGGAUUGUCAUGCUGGGAUCUAUCACUCAUUAUACUGACAAGCCAAACCCGUUUUACUCGUUGAAGACGUACGCUCCUGUUGAUAUCGAGGAACUUGUGAAGCCAGAUCCUGAUCCCCCGUCUUUGGUUUAUGAUCGGGGAUUCCAGAGAUAUGGGAUGGCUAAGCUUGCGAACGUAACGUUUGCCAAUGAUCUUAACAGAAGACUGAAGAAGGAUCCCAAACUAUCGAAUGUGUUUGCAAUGUCUAUGGACCCGGGUGGGCUCCCUUCAUCAAGAGGUCAAGUGGAGCAAAAACGCGUUCUUAGACUCAUCUUCGGGGUUAUCAACUUCAUGAUGCCGGUCCUCAAGCAUUUGACUACUGAGUUUCGCACAACGGACGAUUCGGGUCGGGAUCUUGUUGCGGUUAGUGUUGAUCCGGUGUUUCAUGGAAAGAGUGGGUACUUUGUGGGACAGAUACAAGGGAGUUUUACUCCUGCUAGUGACGAUUUGGAAUGGCAGAAGAGGCUUUGGAAUGCUUGUUGGAAGUGGGCUGGGCUUAGUGAAGGAGAAACGAUACUUCAGGAUUGUUCAUAG